ACUCCGCAAGUCCAAAUCUGUAAUCCAUUGGAAUAACUGAUAACUGUUUCAAGCCGUUAGAUCUAGGGUUUCAACAUCAAUUUCCGCCCCCUUUAUCAUCCUUCAUUUCACCUUCCAUUACUCCUUUUGCUUGAUUUUCAAGAGAGAGAAAGUUAUUCGACGACAAAACAACUGAAAAUGGUGCAACGUCUCACUUACAGAAAACGGCACAGUUAUGCCACCAAGUCUAACCAACAUAGGAUCGUCAAAACUCCUGGGGGGAAAUUGGUGUAUCAAACUACCAAGAAGAGAGCUAGCGGUCCUAAAUGCCCUGUUACAGGAAAGAGAAUUCAAGGGAUACCACACCUGAGACCCACUGAAUACAAGAGGUCUAGAUUGCCUAGAAACCGUAGGACUGUCAACCGACCUUACGGUGGUGUGUUGUCUGGAUCUGCUGUUCGAGAGAGGAUAAUCCGUGCCUUCUUGGUGGAGGAGCAGAAGAUUGUGAAAAAGGUAUUGAAGAUCCAGAAGACGAAGGAAAAGCAAGCUGGCAAAAGCUAGAAUGGACAGACUUCAAGUAGGCUGUCUCUGGAUUAGCGACUUCUGGCUUUUCUAGGUGCAAUUUUGUUUAAUGAUGACGAUGAUGACAAUAUCUAUGACUGAAGAAAAUUGUUUGGUUUUGUCUA